UCUUUUAAGGCGAAUAAAAUAAAUUAAACGAAAUAAGUAAAGAAUGAAGUAGAAUUUUAACGGAAAUAGAAAAUGCCUAGAAGCAGAGGGUGAAACGACUUCAAGUCGAUAAUUAUGUUAGUCAUCAUCACAAACUGACGCUCACCGGCAACCGACAACAAAAGUUAACCUGCUUUGCCAGAGACUCCCUAUAUAUAUAUAUAUAUAUUUUCUGAAUUCUAAACCUAUAGGGAGGUAUUUCUGUGCGGUUGUUUUUUUUUUCUCUCUCCUAAUAAACAAUAUUCUCCAUCAGUCAACACACUGUCCUAUUAAAUGGUCCUUGGGACAAAAACCCUUGCGUCCGUCGAUAAUUAAUUUCAAUUGAUUAUGUUUAGAUAUUUUUAAAGUUAAUUUUCUUAUCAGUUUACAAAAAAAUUUUAUAUUAUUAUGAGAAUCGACGGACACGAGUAUUUACACUCAUGAGCAAGGGAAAUCCUUCUGGUGUUGAAACAUAACCAAAAAAAUAUAUAAUAUAUAAAUAUAAAAAAAAGGAUGUCAGACUUUAUGAAAUCAUUGCAAUUUGGCUAUUUAAAAAACAAAGAAAAGGAUAAUUUUUUCGUCUCCGAUGACGACGACGAUGAUGAUUUUAAUUUCAAGUACAUACCGACAAACCAAUUAAAAAAUGUAAUUAAAGACGUUAGAAGAAAAAAAACGAAAGUCAAUGAAGAAAAUGCUUGGGCAUCAUUCGUCGAACAACAAGAUGCAGAACAAUUAUAUCAUCAUCUAAAUGAAAUUGAUCCAAAUUUACAAAAUUACAAUCAUUACACUUCAAAAUAUUUAGAUCGAGAAAAUUUUCAAUGGGAUGAAAAUUCUUUUUCAGAGGAAUUGUCAUAUAAAAAAAGUCCUCUUAUGAAAGAUGUAACUGGAAGUACAAAUUUUCUUCUCACAAUACCCGAGGAAGAUUUAAUAUUAAAUCGUGAGAGAAAAAGUGAAAUAAUAAAAGAUCGAAAUAUGAGAAAAGCAUCAUCAGCACCGGGUGUGAGACGAAAGAAAAAUUCAAAAUCAUUAAUUCAUAUGAAUGAUGAUGUGAAUUAUAAUAGUUCAACAUCGGAAUUUAGUCCAGAUCGUUUUAGUGAUAAGAAUAAUGAAAUAAUAUACAUAAGACCCGAUCCAAUGAUUGUUGGUAAAAUUUUGGCAACACAAAAAAAAAUAUCCGAAAUUCUCGAUGAAAUUGCCUUUCGUCUUGGUAGAAUUCCAUUGCCAGAUGGUGAUCGUGAUCUUCAUCGACGUCAACAAAGAGUUAUGGAAUUUUCCAUUAGAUUUGCAAGAAAUUAUUUAUACGAUCUUGGACGACAAGUGGCGGAAAUACGUAGACAUUUAAAUGCAAUUACACCUGGUGCAAGAAGAAAAAUUGAUCAUCGUGGAGUUAUAUUUCAUGUACAAAUAAUUGAACAAAAAUUAGCGACUGCUCAUCAACUUUUGUUACAUGCAUUGAGCGCAUAUUGUAAACAUAUUCCAAGUUCUGUACUUAAAGGACAUCCAGGCAAAUUAAAGGAUAUUUUACAAAUUGUUCUCGAUCUUAAAGAAUUUUGCGAGAAAAUUAAUCUUGUUCCAAAUUGUAUUGGCUCAGGCGAUAUGGAAGGUUUACCCCUGGGCAAAGAAACGGAUAAUAAAUGCAGUGCAAUUUUAUCGAAAUUACGAUUAAGUUCCGACGAUUCACAAUUAAUAAGUCAUACAACAAGAUCAACUACCGGAACAAUAAGAAGUAAAAGACGAAAUCUUCGUAAACAACAAACUAAUCGUUUUAGUAUGUACAAUAUGGAUCCACGAUUGCCGAAAAAUCAACCCAAUAGACGAACAACACUUUCACAGAAGGAAAAAAGACGAAAUUUGAAUGUAAAAAAUAAUAGACCACCAACACCAGAAUUAACACAUCCAAGUCCAAUUGACUCCAAAUCAAAGGAACAGCCUAAAAAUGGAAUUAGUAAGAUAAUUAUUCCUCCCAAGGAAGAUGAUAUCGAGACAAUAAUGGAAAUUAUACCAACAGAUUCAGAUGCUUGCAGUAGUGUCGAAAAUUCAGAUCGAAAUUCACGAGUAAAAACAAGAACAAAUGAAGAUGAAUUAAAUCGAAAAAUUACCGAAAUUACUGAUGAUCAUUUAUCGAAUUUAGUACCUGUUAUUGCCGAUUUAAUGUCACUUAUCAAAAAUAAUCCAAAAGAUUCUGAAAAUAAAUCGUGUUCAUCUGUACCAAUAGAAACACUUGUGGAAAUUAUUGAAAAAUAUCAAAGAGGUAAAGAAAAAACGAAAAAAACAAAACAAGAUAUUAAAACAAAAAAUGGAAUACGUUCGGGUUCAAAGAAUAUGCAAUUAGUUUGUAUGGAAUCGAAUGAAGAUUAUAAAAUGCCAUCUAAAUUUAUCGAUGCCUCAUGUCAAGCAAAUGAUGAUUAUUUAAAACGAACGACAAUCAGAAAAGAUGGCCUAAUCAAUUUAGAAAUAUCGGAUGAUUUAGAAUUUCGUCUUUUAGAAUAUAAGCAAAUGUAUCAAUCAAUAACAGAAUCUAAUCAAAUGUAUUGUAAUCACACGCAAAAUAAACCUUGGGAUAUUGUAGCUUGGGUUUCUGAUCAACUUGUAAAUGAAUUAAUUGUCGAUUUGUCGAAAGAACUUCAAAUGGACGAUGUAAUCAAGAAACUAUUUGAACUGGAAUUUCAAGAACUAUAAAAAUAAACAAUGUAAACACAUGAUUUUUAUAUAUAUAAUUUAUACCUGCGGAAAGUGCUUUUUGUAAAUACAUGAAUUUUUUAAACCAUAA